AUGGCCCCAGCAUUGAACACUAUUCAGCAAGAUCUCCAUUUCCAAUCCACCCUCCUUGUCGUCUUAUCUCUGUCAGUCUUCCUUUUAGGCACUGCGGUGAUACCUCUGUUUACGGCUCCCCUCUCCGAGGUUUUGGGGAGAUCGAUAGUCCUUCAGUCAACUAAUGUCUUCUACAUCAUCUUCAAUACCCUGUAUGGUGCUGCGAAAACCCAGAAUCAACUAAUCGUCUUCCGUUUCCUCGCGGGCUUGGGUGGAGCCGGUCCCUUUGCUAUUGGAAGUGGCAUCAAUGCCGAUCUGUUCCGACCUCACGAAAGGGGCCAAGCCAUUGCGGUCUAUACCCUUGCACCUCUUGUUGGAGUUGUUGUAGGCCCCAUUGCAGGUGGUUUCCUCGUCCAAUACACAUCGUGGCGAUGGUGCUUCUAUGUUGUUUCAAUUGCUGGCGGCGCGGUCCAGGUCUUCGGCUUCCCCUUUUUCCGCGAAACUUACGCCCCAGUUCUUCUUCAAAGAAGAUGCAAACGGUCACGAAAGAGCACCCAAAAUCCGGAUUUGUACACCCAAAAUGAUAGGGUGUCUCUUUCACAGCUACUGCGCACUAGUCUCAUCAGGCCCUUCAUGCUGCUUGGAACCCAACCCAUUGUGCAGGUCUGGAGCUUGUAUUGUGCAUACCUCUACGGUAUCCUUUAUCUCCUGAUUGCAACCUUCCCGAAUGUCUGGACGGAUACCUAUGGGGAAACCGUUUCCAUUGGCUCCCUCAACUACAUCUCAUUGUUUGUAGGAAUGGGUAUAGCUUCACAACUUGGAACACGCCUUGCCGAUAGGUAUUAUAAGAAGUUGUGUGAGGAAAACGGCGGGCAGGGUCGUCCUGAGUUUCGUCUUCCUGUUCUCAUCAUAGGGGCGUUCAUGGUGCCGGUGGGAUUAUUCUGGAACAUUGGGGCAGCCAUUUACGGGGCCGGCACCGUUCUGGAGUUACUUUGCGUCAUUGGUUACAUGAUUGACACAUAUCAAAAGUACGCAGCAAGCGCCAUAGCCGCUAUCAUCGUCCUGAGAAGCAUUUUAGCUUUUGCUUCGCCUCUAGCUGCCCCGAGUUUAUAUGGCAACCUCGGUUUCGGGUGGGGCAAUACCCUUCUCGCAUUCAUUGCUAUAUUCGUUGGGAUCCCCGCGCCCAUUCUUCUGGGGUACUAUGGCCCAACCUUGAGGAAACGGAGUCCGUAUGCGAGAGAUGAUUGA